AUGUAUCGCCCCAAGUUGUCUUUGAGCAUUUCUGCGGCACAAAACACAUCCCGACCGUCCCUGUCUCUGAAAUCCCCGGUCUCUCUGCCACGUACCCCUAUAUCUCCACCUCCUGCUAGUCCUGGUGGAAAGCGAUAUUCCUCCUUGCAACUGGCCCCCUACAAGUAUACCAACUCGUGCUCAUCCAAGAGCAUCCUCAAAAAAAAUCCGGUGAUGGGGCCACCCAGCAAUACAACCAAGCGCAUCCAGUUCAAGGGCACUCCGACUGUCCAUUGCGUCACGCCAAUUGAGAACCCCGAGGAAUACUACGGCACAUACACCAAGCUAUCCCGCGAAGAACGACGCUGGAUGGACUUUCUGCAGCAGCCUGUCGUAAGACAUUUUAUACGUCUACAAAAUGGAGUUUGUUCCCCCGGAGCCGCGGAUUACUCACGCUUGCCAUCGAGACGUCCUGCCAGCGAUGAUACUUCCGUUGCAAUCGUCGAAAAAAGCCUCGGACCGUCUGGUCCUACAGCCAAGGCCCAUUUCCUAGAAAACAUCACCGCCGACCUGAGCACAUACCGUGGCGUGCACCCCAUGCUGGCCCUCGAAUCGCAUCAAGAAAACCUCGCAAAGCUUGUCAACAAAGCUCUGUCCUACUUACCCGCGUCGUCGGAAGAGGACAAUAGUGGACACAAAACCAUACAUCUAUCAGACGACUCGACUCCGCGCCGGAAACCUGAUUUUGUAUCUGCCACCAGGGGACCAGGGAUGCGGAGCAAUCUCUUCGUCGGACUAGACACGGGAAAAGCUCUCUCGGUUGCAUGGCAGAUCCCCUUCGUCGGUGUGCAUCAUAUGCAGGCGCAUCUUCUGACACCCCGACUGGUGUCUUCUCUAGCCCGCGACGAAAAAAAUACCGAUACACCUGUGUCACCCGAACCCGUCACGCCCGAAUUCCCCUUCCUGUCGAUCCUCGUCUCCGGCGGACACUCGAUUCUUGUCAAGUCGUCUUCGAUCACCGACCACGAGAUCAUGGCUUCUACUGCGGACAUUGCGAUCGGCGACUCCCUCGACAAAGCCGCCAGAGAAAUCCUCCCCGAUUCACUACUCCAGACCGCCAAUAAUACCAUGUACGGCAAGAUGCUUGAACAAUUUGCUUUCCCCAACGGCAGCAUAGACUACGCUGACUACCGCCCCCCAAUGACGCGCGGCGAGGAGCUAAUAAAGCGUGAAACCCCAUGGGGAUGGUCCUUGACCACACCGUUUGCCAAAACCCGACAGCUCCAAUUCAGCUUCUCUUCCAUCGCGACGACAGUCACUAAACUCGUCUCGUUGAAGAACAAAGCCAGUGAAAACAUGACGCACGCGGAGCGCGUCGCGUUGGCGCGCGAGUCCAUGCGCGUCUGCUUCGAACAUCUUGCAUCCCGCACCGUCAUCGCACUUCAAGCCGUUCAGCAGCUGGAGGGAACUGGAACUGGGACCGGCGACGAGGUGAAAACCCUCGUGGUCAGUGGCGGGGUGGCGGCUAAUCGAUUCCUUAUGACUGUGCUUCGUUCGUUUCUGGAUGUCCGCGGGUUCGGACAUGUUGCUAUCAUUGCGCCGCCGCCUUCCUUGUGCACCGAUAACGCUGCCAUGAUCGGAUGGGCCGGGAUUGAAAUGUUCGAGGCGGGCUGGAGGAGUGAUCUAUGCGGUCGCGCGCUGAGAAAAUGGUCUCUUGACUCGCGAGCGGACGAUGGUGGUAUUUUAGGCCCUGCGGGUUGGUAUCAAGUGAACUGA